AUGUCUGUUAGCACCUUAAAGCCAUCAGUUGAUGAUACUUUCUACGAAUAUCUCACCUUAAAUCUCUCCAAAGUGUUAAAUUCUGUGCCUAGAAUUACGAAUGUUACGUGUGAGAAGCGAUACCCUUGUGAAGCUGGUCAAAUUGCAACAUGGGAACAGAGACACAAUGUUUACCUUCCUGACGACAUGAAACGUUUCUACCUGUCCACAGACGGAUUUACGCUCCACUGGAGUUAUCAAUAUUCCCCUAAUGAUACCAGACGUGUUGGCUACAUAAACAUUCCUCAAAUAUGUCAUGUGACACUACUCAGGGAGAAGAUUGAGAGCCUUAUGAGUGCUCAGAAUGCAGCUGGAUCUAGUAAAGCUGAGAUGCCCAAUUUAUGCCUUCGCAGUAAAAUCUUUGAAUUGAGCAACAUUUGUGACAUUGCCAAGGUUUGUCUUAUCUAUGAAAGUCCAGAUUUGGGCAAUCCGAAGAUUUUCCUUCUGGAAGUCUCUACGCUGAAGUGGGCAUUCCUGGCUGAGACAUUCACAGAAUAUUUGAGAAUGACCAUAGCUCAUCUAGGACUGCCCUAUUGGGAGCUAUGCUUUGCCAAUUGUGGUCUUCCUUCCUGGACAGAGCAGCUCUUCUUGCUUCUGGCGCCGCAUUUGCUGGAAAAGAAUGAGCCACGGAGAAGCAGAAUCUGGCAAAAUGUGCCAGAACAGCCACCAUUUAAUGUCCUGGACCCUUCAAUAUUCCGCACAAAACCAAAAUGUACCCGUCAAAGCCAGAAAUUGCGCCCAAAUUAACUCAACAGAGCUUUAAUGAGAUAUUAUUCAGCAAUACUGCCGUUU